AUGUCGUUCGAAAUAGGCACCCGAGUCAAAAGUGAAGGAGUUCUGAACAUGAAAAGUAGAGAAUUCUGUCUUUUCAGCUAGUUCGGGAAAUGGAAAAGUAGUAUUUUGUGGGCAAACGAAGUUCGCAGAAGGAGAUUGGGUCGGUGUGAUUCUCGAUACGGCGACUGGAAAGAACAACGGAACGGUGCAAGGAGUGCAGUACUUCCAAUGCGAGGCCAACUUCGGAGUUUUUGUGAAAGCCGCCGCAGUCGAGCUGGAUGACGUUAAGAAGCCAUCGGGGCUAAAGGCGCCAAUGGCAGCCGCCUUUCGGAAGGAUUCCAGUGUUAUGAGCAGGUCUGCCGGAUCCAAAGCUUCUCCCGGGGUUCGUUUAAAUCUUCGCUUCAUUUCAAAGAAAUCUGAGCUUCAGUCAAGUCCUGGCAUGUCCCCAGCUGCUAGCUCAGAGAAAUUAACUGGACGUCAAACGGGAAUGGGCCCCAGAUCGAUGUCGAAGUUGGCGGAUCCAAACGAGGUGAGUAAAGGGACCAUGGCAGAAAGGGGUGGAGAGAAAAGAUUGUAGAAGAAGCGGUCGACGACACCGCAGAAUGCUAGGUCUCCAGCACCACCGAAUAACUCGACGGUAAAUCAAAAUAAACGCAGAUUUGCUCGUUUAUCAGUUUAAUGGUUAUUCCGAAGUGGUUUUGCUCAGAUUAGCCUCUUUCUUUCGAGCAAAUUCUUCAUUUUCUGAUCGCAUUGAACGGAAUCAUGCUUUAAUUUAGUUCGCAUAUGUUGCUCAUUCGUUUUGAUUUCCCGCUCACCCCAUAUUUUGUGCCUGUCGCCCCCUUCCUUGUAUUGUUCCGUACCUGCUUUUUGUUCGUUUCAGUCGAGAAUGGUCCGCGAGUUCUCCAACCUUUCGCAGUCUUCUGUUGCUUCGAGUCGUGCCAGUGUGUCUGCUACUAAACCUAGGGUUUGUAUUCCUUAAUCCGACUCGUUCUUUUACAAAUUAAAUUGUUUUAGCCGCAAUUCCAGGCUCCAGAUGCAGCUUCCCGCAGACAGAGUAUCGCUCCUCCGAAGAAGAUUUCCACUGCCAACGGUAUUUUGCGAUUUCGUUCAGUUCAAUCACUUUCUCAAUUUCAGUUCCUUCUAUUAAACCGACAUCCGUUGCCACACCGAAACCGAAAGCAACGCCAGCUGCAGAAAAGUCUAAAGAACUGAAUCCGGAGCUUCCGGGCGAGCUUCCGCCGCCGACAAUGACUGCAUCGGGAACGGAACUGCCGAUUGAAAGUGUGCUCGCGAGGGCCAAGAAAAUAGACGAUGUGAGUUAGUUUUCGCGGGUAUUCAGGAAACUUGUGACAUAUUUAGAACUGUGACGGUUUGUCAGAAGAAGAUGAAGAGGAUCAAAGCGGUUGCCGCUCAAGGUCCUCUUCUAUUCUGACCGUGAUAACGGUAGGUCGAAAGACAGCUUUCCGUUCUCUAAUGACUGCAUUGUUCCGUUGAGAAUAUGUUUCAGCUAAAAAAAACCGUAUUUCUUUGCAGACGGGACCAGCUGCUCCAAUGUCGCCGAUCUCAACGACUGCCGCUGCUGCUCACCCUCGCACUACUUCAGUUUCAACUGUUGUCGACAAUUCGACUGAAUUGGAAUAUCUGAGGCACGAAACGAAAGAGCUCAAUGAGAAAUUGGAGUCACUACGAGCAAAGAGGAAGGAAGACCAGACGAAAUUGGUGGAAUUCGAGAGAGUUUCAUUCGAAUAUCGGACUCUGCAGGAAGUGAAAAGCCGGCAGAACGAUAAGAUUAUCGAUCUCGAACGACAGCUCUUGGAGGAGAGGAACUCGGCAGAAAAACUGAAGGCUGAGUAUGAAAGCGAGAGAGACACGAUAACGGAGCAUCAAGAGAUGAUGGAGAUGGCGACGAUAGAGAAGGAGUUGGCCGAAGAAAAGGCGGACGGACUGCAGAAUGAAGUGCAGGUUCUGACGGAGAAGAUCGAGACUAUGGAAGCAGAAUUAGAGAUUCUGAAGGAGGAGAUGGCGACUGGCGGAGGAACGGCUCAGAUCGGGAACAGUGUCCAGAUGAAGCAGAUUGAGCAGCAGAACGACAAACUCAAAGAGGCGCUCAUAAAACUACGAGACCUGAAUGCGCAAGCCACUCUGGACAAGAAUAAGGCUGUAGAAGAGGCGGAACGACUGAAAACGGAGAAUCAGGAGCUCGUGCGAGUGGCAGAAACCCUAAAAAGGCAGGCUGAAAUCGCCGAAUCGAAGAUCGCUGGAUUCCAGGAACAGGUGAGUACGGAUGUCUGUUCGAUUGUUGUAUCACACGUUUUCGGUUUAAUUAGCCUCAUUUGAACCAUUGUGGCUUUCAUUGAUUUCUCGUGCUUGCAGAUAGAGUUUUCGAAUAUGUGGGAAGAGGUAGAUUUGAAAGCUCAUAGAAUACAUCGUGACGUACUUUUGGGCUUGAAUUAUUAGAGAUAUCGCAUCGGUUUUGUGAUUGGACCGUGUUGCACGUUUGGGAAAUCUUUUCUCGGCCUUCUGGAAGUAUAAACAGCUAGAAUCUUACUGAUGGCAUUUCAGAUCGAUGCAGCGAUGGGAGCAGAAGCAAUGGUCACUCAGCUGACCGAUAAAAACUUCAAUAUGGAGGAGAGAAUUACGUAAGUUUUCCGUUGGCAGACCAGAGGUUACCGGUCCAUUUCAGACAGCUGGAAGAGCUCAUCGAAGACAUGGAAGAGGCGAAAGAUCUGGACGAGCAGCUGAUGGAAGUGCAGAAGCAGCAGGAAAGGGAUUUGAUGAAGGAGAUCGAACAGAUCAAGAUCCAUGCUCACGAGCUGAACGCACGUAUUCGCGAUGAGCAGAAGCACGCUGUUGAGCUCUCUCAGACCAUUCUCAAGUUCCGUGAACGUACUGCCAAUUUGAAUUCUCAGAUUCAAGACCAGAAAGAUCAGAUUCUGAGUCUAGAGGAGAGCCUCCACGGACAGAUCAGCGAGGACAACGACCGCGCUUCGAUGGUCAAUCAACUUCAGCUCUCGGCUAACCGCAACUUUGCCGAAUGCGUUGAGCGACAUGUUAAUGCCAUCGAAGUGGAGUACGCACGUCGUCAAGCAGGAUACCUGAAGGCGUUCCUUCCGGACAAUUUUGCUCGUGUUGGAGGAGAAAACGAUUCCAUUCUGAUGGUAGUGAUGCUUCCUCGUCUCGCCGCAAAAACUGUGCUGUUCUCCACGCUGACUGCUCAAUGCGUAAGUUCUGGAAGCUUAUUCUAAGAUCUAAUUGUUAAUCUUAUUCAGUAUCCACAAGUUCCGGGAGGUAUGCGACGAGAGCACGUCACAAAAUCGCACAAAGGAGAGCAAUGGGCUCACGUGGCUCGUGUUGCCUACUUAGCUCAGUCAAUUGUCGCGGCUCUCGGAAAGGUCGAAAGUGCGAUCAGUGAAACGACCGUGGAAGUGCUCAUAAAACUAACGGAGUCUUUCGGCGAGAUGUCGACGCACGAGAGGACCGUCGAUCAGUACCUCGAGCUUCUAAAGAGUGCCCGGUUCGACGAGAACACUUCUCUCGAUAACUUUGCCCGACCACUCACUUAUUUCCAAAACGUCUUCUCGUUGCACAUCGGUGGAGACGGAUUUAACGCUGCCCAAUGGGUCUCAGCGCUCUGUGCUUCUCUCACCGCCGGAUUGGCGUAUUGUCGCAUCAAUACCCAACGGAUCUCCUACUUCUUGCAGGCAAGCAUUCAGAACCUGUUCCUUUUCGAAAUGUUUUAAAUUCAGGAGUCAAUUACCGCCGGAGAGGUGUACAAUCUUCUGCAAUCAUUGAACGAUGAGUUCGCUGCGUGCGAAUCUGUCAUCCUGAAAGCGUCCCGUAGAUUGCCUGCAAACGGAUCCGAUCAGCAGAAGAUCAUCAAACUGGAGCCGGAUUUCACUGAAGAACUUCUGAACGCACUGGCGCAAUUGGACAAAAUGGCAUCAACACUGCAAGAAGUUUGCACGAACGGAGCGCACAAUUUCGGAGGAAUCUCCGAGACGGAAGGAUUCGACGAGAAGAGGGUCAAGGAAAUGAUUCACGCGGUCGUUGCGAAACACAGCGGGUACAUUGCCAUGGAAAACGCGUUUGAUCCUAUCCGAGCUGUUAUGAGAUCUCUUCGCGAAAGCCUCGAGAAAAUGGGCAGCGUAAUUGAUUCGGGAGUGAUGGAACAGAACGGACCCGAGAAGAAGGCGUUCCCGCCACUUCUGGAUCGUGCUCAUCACCGGAAGCAGGCUGCCCAAGAGGCCGAAGGACUCCGUUGGCAGAUGGAGAAGAAAGAUAACGAGAUGCUGGAAUUGCGGAAGCAGGUGAAGGCAAGAAUCGAGGACGUCUCCAACUACAAACUGAGGCUCGAGAUGGCCGAAUCGAGAAUUAAUUCGACGGAUAAGGCAGAAGGGGACAAAGUGAAACAUAUGGAAGAGAAGAUCAAUCAGAUGGUGGCCGAUCAUCGCAGAAAGCAAAUGUCAGUUCCCCACUUUACAGCUCUUUCGCAGUAUUUUUUUGUUUUACAGUGAAUUCGAUGAGUCUAUGGACGCCUUGCAACGAGAGAUGAAAGAAAUAGAAGAAGAGAAUCUGGAGCUGAAGCAGAGAGCCACAAAGAUCAGCAAGGAGACGUUAUGGAAGAACAUAAAGUCGAUGGAGACACAUUCUGUCGGAGGGGUAGCCGCCAUUCCGUCAUUGGCCGAUGAGCACGGAGUCUCUCGCGGAGAAUUGAUCUUCUUGGAACAGCAGCUGAGCAAGCAGACCGACGCGCGCAAGAGAGCCGAAUUGGAAGUGCGCAAGCUGACCGGUGAACUUGCUCAGACCGGAUCGAAACGGUUUUCCGCAGUCCCGGGGCUCAUUUCGGGGCCAAUCACGCUGGAAUCACAGUCGAGACAAGACACGCUCCUGAAGUUGAUCGACAAUUUGCACGACGAAUCGCUGCGUUUGAGACGGGAAGAAGUGAAUCAUCAGGCGUACGUGCCGUCGAAUCCGAAAAUAUCGACUGGCAAGAUGCUGGAAGAGAUGGAGGAGUUCAACACGAAACGGGAACAAUUCUACGACCGCCUCAACUCGGUUUGUCAUCCGAUUUGAGAGAACGCCUUCUGAAUUAUGUUUUUUUUUCUGCAGGUGAACCGACGUCUCCGUCGUGUUUGGUUCGAUGCAUGGGGAGAGGAGUAUCCGUUCGACGUCUCCAGUUCCGUCCGUCCGGUCGUCGUCGCUGAACCUAAGAAGUUCGAAGAGAUCAGUGCGAAGUGGGGAAUCGUCUGGUAG